CGUUCAGGAUUUAGCUAACAAAAUAUUUUAUUUACGUACUCUAACUACUUCCGUAGCACACGCUACCAUUUCACUAGGUAUUACGGUAACGUGAGGUAGGCGUGCUUUGCGUCGGAAUGUACCAUUUUGCCAACACACCGGGAAGGAUUUUGUUGUGACAGCGGAGUAACAACCCGGUGGGGGAUACGGUCAUAACAUAGGUUUUUUCAUCUUGGAUCAACAAUGGCCUUCAGCAAGGGAUAUCGCAUCUACCACAAGCUGGACCCACCUCCCUACAGUGUCAUAGUGGAAACUAGGACCAGGGACGAAUGCCUCAUGUUUGAAUCGGGGGCUGUUGCUGUUCUGUCUGCAGCAGAGAAGGACGCCAUUAAAAACGCAUACACCAAGAUUGUUGAUGCCUAUGGAAUCCUGGGCGUCCUCCGCCUAAAUCUAGGUGACUCCAUGCUCCACAGUCUGGUGGUUGUGACAGGAUGCAGCUCUGUGGGGAAGGUGCAAGAUUCAGAGGUUUUCAGGGUCACACAGACAGACUUUAUAUCGCUGAAGAAUGAUCCAGGAGACGAAGACCGGAUCGCUGAGGUGCGAAAGGUCCUGAACUCAGGACACUUCUACUUUGCCUGGUCUUCCUCUGGAGUCAGCAUGGACUUGAGUCUUAAUGCACAUCGCAGGAUCCUAGAAGACACAACAGAUAACCGCUUCUUUUGGAACCAAUCUCUGCACCUGCACCUGAAACACUAUGGAGUAAACUGUGAUGACUGGCUGUUGAGGCUGAUGUGUGGUGGUGUGGAGAUCAGGACUAUCUAUGCAGGACACAAACAGGCCAAGGCCUGCAUCUUCUCCCGCCUCAGCUCAGAGCGAGCCGGCACGCGAUUCAACGUCCGAGGAACAAAUGACGAUGGACAGGUGGCCAACUUUGUGGAGACUGAACAGGUUAUCUUUCUGGAUGACAAAGUCUCAUCAUUCAUACAGAUCCGUGGGUCCAUUCCUCUUUUCUGGGAACAGCCAGGAAUCCAGAAAAAGUCCAUUAAAGGUGUUUUGUUGCACCUGAAUGAGAAUCGGCACCCUAAAGAGCUGGAUGAGAACCCCCACCUGGUUGGCUCUCAUCGCGUCAAACUCUCAAGGGGAUUUGAAGCAAAUGCGCCAGCAUUCGAAAGACACUUCACUGCACUGCGGAGGUUAUAUGGUAAACAGGUGAUCAUCAACCUGCUUGGGAGUAAGGAAGGGGAACACAUGCUCAGCAAAGCGUUUCAGAGUCACCUGAAGGCAUCAGAGCAUGCAACAGCAGUGAAAAUGGUGAACUUUGACUACCAUCAAAAUGUGAAGGGGGGCAAGGCAGACAAACUCCACAGUGUCCUCAAACCCUACCUCAACAAGUUCAUAGAGGAGUGUGGGUUCUUUUACUACUCGGGGGAGAUGGGCAUCGUAAGGACUCAGGGUGGGACCAUUAGGACCAACUGCCUGGACUGUCUGGAUAGAACCAACAGUGUCCAGGCCUUUUUUGCCCUCGAGAUGCUGCCAAAGCAGCUGGAGGAAAUGGGUCUGACAGAGAAACCCCAGCUGGUGGCCAGGUUCCAGGAGGUUUUUAGGACCAUGUGGUCUGCCAACGGAGACUCCGUCAGUAAGAUCUAUGCGGGCACCGGCGCCCUGGAUGGCAAAGCCAAGGCGGGGAAGCUAAAAGAUGGAGCUCGUUCUGUGACAAGGACCAUCCAGAACAACUUCUUUGACAGUUCUAAGCAGGAGGCUAUAGACAUCCUGAGGCUGGGUUCCACACUCAACAGUGAUUUGGCGGACAAAGCUCGGGCUUUGCUCACCACUUCCAGUCUUUACGUCACUGAGCCCGUCUUACAAUCAGCCUCCCCAAGAGUAUUGCUCGGAAUGUGUCAGAACUACCAUAAAUACACAAGGCCCAAGCAGAUCCGGGUGUGUGUCGGCACCUGGAAUGUUAACGGGGGUAAACAGUUUCGCAGCAUUGCUUACCGCAACCAGACCCUCAACGACUGGCUGUUGGAUGCUCCAAAAAAGGCAGGGCAUCCUGAGUUCCAGGACAGCAAAGCCAACCCCAUAGAUAUCUUUGCCAUUGGUUUUGAGGAAAUGGUUGAACUGAAUGCUGGCAACAUUGUCAGUGCCAGCACUACUAACCAGAAACUUUGGGCAGCUGAGCUACAAAAAAACAUAUCGCGGGACCACAAGUAUGUGCUGCUUGCUUCAGAGCAGCUGGUGGGAGUGUGUCUGUUUGUUUUCAUCCGCCCACAGCAUGCACCCUUCAUCAGGGAUGUUGCUGUAGAUACUGUAAAAACUGGAAUGGGCGGGGCUACAGGCAAUAAAGGAGGUGUGGCCAUCCGCCUGCUGUUCCACACCACCAGCAUCUGCUUUGUCUGCUCCCACUUUGCUGCUGGCCAGUCACAGGUCAAGGAGAGGAAUGACGACUACAGUGAGAUCACACGCAGACUCAGCUUCCCCAUGGGUCGUCUGUUGUACUCGCAUGACUACGUUUUCUGGUGUGGAGACUUUAACUAUCGAAUCAGCCUGCCCAAUGAGGAAGUAAAAGAGCUAAUCAAACAGCAGAACUGGGAAGCCUUGACAGCUGGGGACCAGUUGUUGGACCAGAAGAAUGCUGGUUUGGUUUUCCGAGGUUUUAUCGAGGGGAAGUUAGAUUUUGCCCCCACCUAUAAGUAUGACCUCUUCUCAGACGAUUAUGACACCAGUGAAAAGUGCCGCACACCAGCCUGGACUGACCGCAUACUCUGGAAGAGGAGGAAGUGGAACUUUGACAAAACAGCUGAGGAGAUGAAUGUAGUAGGGGCAGCUUCUACAUCUGGGGAGAAUGAGGAUGAUCCAGACAGCCCCUGGUGCCCUGGGACUCUGAAGUACUAUGGCAGGGCUGAGCUUAAGACCUCAGACCACAGGCCUGUGGUGUCGAUAAUAGACGUGGACAUCCUGGAGGUCGACCCAGAGGCUCGGCACCAGGUCUACAAAGAUGUCAUUGCCCUGCAGGGGCCUCCGGACGGCACCAUCCUGGUGUCGCUCUGCUCCUCCGGCCCUGACGACUACUUUGACGAUGCACUCAUAGACGAGCUGCUGGACAAGUUUUCUCAUUUUGGAGAGGUCAUCCUGAUCAGGUUUGUUGAGGAGAAGAUGUGGGUGACCUUCCUGGAAGGUUACUCUGCUCUUGCUGCUCUGUCUCUCAGCGCUUCCACUGUCCUUGGCAAAGUGAUUGACAUCCGUCUGAAGAGUCCAGGCUGGAUCAAGAGUCUGGAGGAGGAGAUGAGCGUGGAGAGGAUCUGUGGAAGCAUCCCCACCUCGGCCAGCUCCACCCUGCUUGCUGAGGACACAGACAUGGGCGACGAUGAUUACGAUAUGGAAGGUGAUGUGGAUGAUGAGGUGGAGGAGAUCCUUCCCCAGCACCUGCAGCCUGGAGCAGGCUCUGGCCCUGGAUCCUCCCCUCUCCCCUCCCCCCGCAGUAGUCCCUGUCCUUCCCCCACCCACGGAGAACCUGCAGCCCCCAGCAGGCCUAGUCGUGCACCACACCCCUCCCGACCAUCACAAGCAGAUUUAAGUCCAUCAUCACUGAGGAGAGAAAUUCCAGGGCCUCCUGUUGACUUCCAGCCUGGUGCCCCCACAUCUCAAGGCAUGGAGCCCAAACGCCCACCUCCCCCUCGUCCCAACCUCCCCCCAGCCAGACCAGCACCCCCUCAACGCCCACCACCACCUUCAGGAGGCAUGAGCCCUCUGCCAGUUAGAAAGGACUCUGGAGACUGUGGCAUAUGUCCCAGCCCACUGCUUGGUAGGAGAGGCAGUGAAGGACCAAAAAGCCCCGCUCUUCCUCGGCCAGAUGCUGCUGCAGGUCGAGGCCAGACAGCAGUGGGAGCUCCUGGACCUGGAGGUGCUCCCAGACCGAAUAUCCCUCCUCGAGCUGGCGUAAUCAGUAUGCCCCCUCAGUCUCGCCAACCACCUCCCUCUCACCCUGGAGCACCCAGACAAAUCCCAGAGGUGCAUCCUGGGGCCCCUCGGCCCAUCCCAGACACCCACCCCGGAGCCCCACGACCUGUGCCCAGUGCACAGGCCAAACCGACUGACCUGCCUCUGGGUCCUCCACUCUCAGGACCGCCUCCUACAGCGCCCCCUGCAGUGAGACCCCAGGUUCCAUCACCCAUGCAGCCACCCAUGCAGCCCCAUCCAGCUGCCCCUUCAGCUCAGUCCCAACUCCCACCACCGAUGCAGCCCACACAUCCAGCUCCAAUCCAUCCACAGCAAAUUGCAGCUCCUAAAGCAGGGCCCCCUCCUGCUGCUGCCCCUGCUGGGCUUCCACAGGGAUUAGCCUCUCCUAAACCCCCACCACGCUCCCGCUCCUCUCAUGCUCUGCCGCCUGAUGCUGCCAAGUCUGAGAUAGCCCCAGCUGAGCAGAUGAAUGGACUGAAUGGAAUCCAAAGAGAAGCACAAUGGAAGCCCGACCCCUUUGACACACUUGCAUCUGACUUCCUCUUCUCUUCCACAUCCCCCUGGCACACCACCCAGUCCCUGACCAGAGGCUCCUCUCUGUGUACACCCCCCUCCCCUUCUGCAUCCGCGUUGUCCUCCAGCACUCUCCCUUCAUCCUUCUCCCUCCAGUCCUCUGCGGCGUCAGACCUGCAGGCACGUGAUUCGUCCUCCUCUUCCUCACUCUCCAUCCCGUCACCGUUCGCCUCCUCCCUGCUCCCGCCUCCUCCGGUCCCAUCUCGUAGUCGCUCGCAGGAGACUCUGCGUGCCUCCCCUGGCCCCUUCCCGAUUGACCCGCUUCCUGCCCGACCCAGCAGCACCAAUCCCUUCACAGGCCCACUGGCACAGCAGCAUCAGCAGCACCGCUCUCUCACCCCAGACUUCAGCGUCCAGCGUCCGGCCUCAACGCUAAACCUUCAGAGGACCAUGUCUACUCUUGCUCAGCCACUCAUCCCCACCUCUGCUCAAACAGCUGCCGCUGCACCCACCUCCCAGCUCCAAAGGACCAUGUCCCUGUUUGGACCAUCACCCACUCUUAAUCCUACACCUGCUCCUCUGCUUCCCUUGGCCCCUGCCCCGUCUCCUGCCCCCACCUUGCCUCUGGCACCGCCCUCCUCGAUUCCGCCUGUCCUCGCACCUCGUCGCCAACCACCUCCCCCAGGAAGGAAACCAACCCAGCAGUGGGUCACUUUUGAUGAUGAUUUGGCUUUUUCACCUUCAACCAAGACACCACAGGCCCCCAUCUUCCCUUCCAGUUCGCUUGUAUCCCAAACUCAGACUCUGCCUUUCCGCUCUGUGUUUGACUCAGAGCCCGACUGGUUAUGCUCGGCCCCUUCGGUAUUCCCAACCCUCCCUCCUCCCAUCCCAACUAGAACUGUAACCAGUAACCCAAAGCUCCCAGAGGGACCCAGUGAUGACUGCUUCUUCCCCAGGGAGUCGACAGAAAGAUAGGAUCACUCUUAAUAUGUAAAGGGCAUAUCCAGAUAUGUAUAGAUCUAUGAUAAAUGUGUAUAUGUGUAUGUGCGUGUAUGUAAAAAAGAGACGGUAUUUAAGAAGAAUAGACCAAUCCCCUUCUGAAUCAUAGGAAACGAUUUAUAUCUCAAGCAGUAACAUGAGAAGGUUAUGAGCCUAAACGUGCAUUCCAAUUUUACCACAGAGAUGUUUGCUUGUUCCCUGAUAUCAACAUUUAUUUUAAUAUGAAUCGUUCUGACGUUUAUUUUUAUUUAUGGCAGCAAACGUGCCUGUGUCUACAGUAUAUCGUUAUAUAAAGUACAUCUAUACACACACAAGUCAUGUGUGUAACCACCUGUGCAAUAUUAGGUCAUGUCUGUGUGGCCGUGCAGCACACUGCAUUCGCCUGCGAGCUUUCACCUAAAUCAGUGUUAACUUUGCAUUUGCUACAUUGGCUGACGCACUGCGGCUCAUACCCAUCAUUUUGACUGAUCUGUACAUUAGAGCGGGAUUCUCAGAGUAGAAGGUAUUCUUCUACUUUCUCAGUGUACAUGUAGUAGAAGGCUAUGCACUGCAGGUUUUACAGUUGCCCUCAAAAUUGCUGCAGUCUGCAGCAAUAAGAGAUCGCUUUGACUUGCAAAGAGUUUGUUGUAAAUUUUUAUUUAUUUUUUUUUUUCUGUUCGUUUGUGUCCGUGGUGUGCAGAUUUAAAAGUCAUAUUGUGCGCUCACUUUUAUCAUGAAUGUACUUUAUGUUGCACUGGGUUUUAUCAUUGCCUCCUUGCUGACACAAUGAGAACAGCACAAGCCAGUGUCAUAGUUAGUCAAACUGUUCACUGCCGCAGGACUGAUGCUCUAUAACAUCACCUCAUUCACUUGAUAAUAAGACAUUUUGUUCUCUCUCUACUCAGUCAUCACUCGUUGUCUAUGGGCUGUUAAGCUUAGCUGAUAUUUUGUAGCUCUAUAUCAAAACCCUAUACAUAGUGAUUAUGUAUAAAUGUAUGUUUUCCAUAUGGAAACUACUCGCUAAAUGUGCGUAUGUGUGUUUGUGAUGACUGUAUCAGUGGUUUGCACAAAGUAACUGAUAUGCACUGAAAUGCUGUGUGUGCUCUCUUGGUUGUAUUCUUGUUGAUGACAGAGUGACAAAAACGAGAGCCUGCGGACAGAUCAGAGGGCUUUUUGACAUUUCCACCUCUCGUGUUUUGAUCCUUGAUUUCCUUGAGUAUUUAACCAUACCAUUGUAAAUUCAGAGAAUGUGGCGUAUGCGUGUGUAUGCUUCCGUUACUCUUAUGUACGAAGGUGAUGUGAUUUGGGUCUGUGGACAUGGCAGCAAGGACAUGCCGUGCAUAAUAAUAAGAGGGCACAUUUUUUUUACUUAAACUUUUGUUUAUUGCAAAAGUCACGCUUUUUAUUUCUAAGAACAUUUACUCUAAAUAAUCUAUUGUUGAUACUGUGGUGAGAAGUAAUGUGUUGUGUUUAAGGUGUGUAUCGUCUGGUGUGGUGUUUGUGUUUGGAUGUGAGUGUGUACAGAGUUAAGAGUGGAAUACCAGAGCUUUUCCCCCAGGAAGUCUUCUCUAAACACAGUGCAUUUGCUUACAGGUUCUGAACUAACAGCCACUGUAGUCACUCGCUCUUGACUGUAUUUGUGUAUUUCCGCUCUCCGGCCUGCAAAGGGCUGCGGAGUGACAUCACUGUAUGCGAAAAUGUUAACAAUACAUGACAAAGGAAUUUUUUUCCACAAAGUACCCACCACCUGAGUGAGAAUUCCCUGGUAGCAACAAUAACAGAAGGUUAUUCACCACCUUGACUGAAUAAACAGACUCAGCUACACUGUAUUCUCAGACCCAAAGACCACCAGAUAAUCAUUUCCAGUUGUUUGUUGUGUCCUUCCCAGGCGAAGUGUGCCCACAUUCCAGACAGUAGUGUGAUUUUGAGCGUUGGGUGACAAAACUCUUCUCAGCGUUUGCAGAUCCGCCUGUGAUAUCUCACCCAUAUCCGUUUCCUCCAGUUGAGAGUAAUGGUUACUGAGCCUCGCUGAUAACCAUUCAUGCGGCGUGUGUGGUGUUGUCAGAGGUGAUGUGUCAGUAUUUCCCCCCCUGUACUACCUACUUUCACUGCUGUCGAGUUGUAUAGGUCAGCGUCAAUGAUGACAAGCAAUAGUUUUGCAAAAGGAUCAGUGAGAGUACAAUCCUCCCUUACGCGACACAUGCCAGCUGUGUUAGUCUACUCAGAUGUUGCGUUACAAAUGAUGUAACCAGCUGAAAUGUCUUAAAAGUAUUUUGAUGGUUCAUGGAGGAUAAAACAUCUGAGCCAAGAAAGUACCAGCUAACUAACGCUUCUGCGCUUUGUUUAAACACCAUGUAAAAUACGUAAAAAUAAUCUUCAUUCACUGCACUGAAAGCAGUAGCUAUCUCUGUAAGCAAGUGUAUCGGGUUGCCUUUGCUUACAUGUUGGUCAUCUCUAAAAUGCAUUUAUUGUGUUAUCCAAAUGUGUGCAGUAGAUACUGUAUCUGCAUUAACAGUAGACUAGCCAGCGCUUUGUGUCAUGUUAUGUUCAAGAUGAGAUUUUAUAGGAAACAAAUUGCUCCUUUCUGUGAGGUCAGUUAACCUUUUAUGGCUAUAAUCCAUAGUAAAUAAGAGUCUGUGUUGUUGAACAUAUUCUGUAUGUAUUAAAGAGAAAACAUGAAGCUGCGAUUCAUGUUAAUAUCCAACGUACCAUAUUUUCAGUGCACAGCUGAUUGCACAUUUAUGUAUGAAGCAGUUUAUGUUGUAUGUAUGCAAAAAUAAAUGUAACUUUAUCUGAA